AUGAGCAAAAACAACAACAUUCUCUAAAAGAAUUUGGAAGAAGAAAACAUUUUAAAAUAGGAUGAGCUAUUCGAGAAAGUACAACAAUUGAAACAUGUAUCCUUAAACAUCCAAACCUAUCUCAAGAAUGAGAAGCCUUCUCUAGAUAAGCUGAAUAAUGAUUAUGAUAAAUCUAUCGAUAUGGUAAAAAAAUCAAUAAGUGGAAUUGGCAAAUUAUUAAAAUCAUCAUUUGGAUAGAACACUUGCUUUCUGAUUUGUGUUGUUUUUAUGGCGAUAUUCAUACUUUAUUUAUUGUGA